CUGUAACAAAACAAGGCUGGCCUUUGUAUCUGCUUAAAGGGGCCGCAGGCGCUUCCCUCCCGAGCCUCCCUCCCCCCCAGCCCCGCUCGGCAGCCGCGUCUCCAGGGCUCCCAGCAACUGACUAGAAGGGCUUCCCUGACCCUCGGGGACGGCCCGCCUGCGAGGAAAGGCGAACCGGGCGGGAAGCAAAGAGGAGACGCGGCAUUUCUAAGAGGCAAGAAAGAAAGGAAGGAAGGGGAAAAAAAUACCCCAAGCAGCGCACAGUGGACUCUGGUCGUGGAGAGCACCGUCGGGCGCCGAAACGUGGACCAGGAGGCACCGGAAUGCAAACAAAGCUCGCAGGCGCCUUUGCAGAGCUCGCGGGGAAGCCGAGAAAGUUUGUUUUAUGAUGGCUUGAGUGCACGAGUGUGUGCAGGGGAGCGAGGUUGCCAAGUUUCUCUCUCCCGUUGCAUUAUUGGGGGGGCCGGGGACAGGGAGAUGUCUCUCCCAUGAACCAGCGGAGGCUUGGGGUCUUGUACUGUGGGGGGCACCUGCCUCUCAUUUUAUUAUUAUUCUUUUUUUUUGGGGGGGGGAGGAGGGGUGUAACUCAUAAUGUCGAAAGUGAUCCAAAAGAAGAACCACUGGACUAGCAAGGUUCACGAAUGCACCGUGAAGCGGGGACCCCUGGGCGAGCUUGGGGUGACGGUGCUGGGGGGCGCCGAGAACGGGGAGUUUCCGUAUGUCGGAGCGGUCGGAGCUACCCAGGCGGCCAGGCUUCCCGGAGGCGGCGAAGGCCCGAGGCUGAGCGAAGGGGAGCUGCUUCUGGAGGUGCAGGGGAUUCGGGUGUCCGGCUUGCCCCGCUAUGACGUUCUGGGAGUCAUCGACAGCUGCAAGGAGGCCGUCACCUUCAAAGCCGUCAGACAAGGAGGAAAGCUGAACAAGGACCUGCGACAUUUUCUUAAUCAGCGGUUCCAGAAAGGGUCUCCUGAUCAUGAGCUCCAGCAGACCAUAAGGGAUAACCUUUACCGCCAUGCUGUGCCUUGCACAACCCGAUCUCCAAGAGAAGGAGAAGUGCCUGGCGUGGACUAUAACUUUCUGACUGUGAAGGAGUUCUUGGACCUCGAACAGAGCGGGACGCUUUUGGAAAUUGGCACCUAUGAAGGAAACUAUUAUGGGACUCCCAAACCUCCUAGCCAGCCAGUCAGUGGGAAAGUGAUUACUACGGAUGCCUUGCAAAGCCUUCAGUCUGGCUCCAAGCAGUCGACCCCAAAGCGAACCAAGUCCUACAAUGAUAUGCAAAAUGCUGGCAUAGUCCACACUGAGAAUGAGGAGGAGGAUGACGUUCCUGAAAUGAACAGUAGCUUUACAGCCGAUUCUGGUGACCAAGAAGAGCACACACUCCAAGAAACAACACUACUGCCUGUGAAUAGUAGCACCAGUGCUGCUCCCAUCACGGACCCUUCUCAGAAGUUCCCUCAAUACCUACCUCUUUCUGCAGAGGAUAAUUUAGGUCCUCUACCUGAAAACUGGGAGAUGGCCUAUACCGAAAAUGGAGAAGUCUAUUUUAUAGACCAUAACACAAAAACUACAUCUUGGUUAGACCCUCGGUGCCUGAACAAGCAGCAGAAGCCUCUGGAAGAAUGUGAAGAUGAUGAAGAAGGGGUCCACACCGAGGAGCUGGACAGUGAACUAGAGCUGCCUGCUGGUUGGGAAAAGAUUGAAGACCCUGUGUAUGGUAUCUACUAUGUAGACCACAUCAACAGGAAGACACAAUAUGAGAAUCCAGUUCUAGAAGCCAAACGGAAGAAGCAGCUUGAACAACAGCAGCAACAGCAGCAGCAGCAGCAGCAACAGCAGCAGCAGCAACAGCAGCAGCAGCAGCAGCAGCAGCAGCAGCAGCAGCAACAGUCAGAAGAAUGGACAGAAGAUCAUUCAUCGCUUGUGCCUCCUGUUACUUCAAACCACCCCCCAAGCAAUCCGGAGCCAACCAGAGAAGCUCCACUUCAGGGCAAACCCUUUUUUACACGAAACCCUUCGGAGUUGAAAGGUAAGUUCAUUCACACGAAGCUGCGGAAAAGCAGUCGUGGCUUUGGCUUCACUGUCGUUGGAGGGGACGAGCCUGACGAGUUUCUGCAGAUCAAGAGCUUGGUCCUAGAUGGUCCUGCCGCAUUGGAUGGCAAGAUGGAAACAGGAGAUGUGAUUGUCAGUGUGAACGACACCUGUGUUUUGGGACACACACAUGCACAAGUUGUGAAAAUCUUUCAGUCCAUUCCCAUUGGUGCCAGUGUGGACCUUGAACUCUGCCGAGGUUAUCCGUUGCCCUUUGACCCAGAUGACCCCAAUACGAGCUUAGUGACGUCGGUGGCCAUUUUGGAUAAAGAACCAAUUAUUGUGAAUGGGCAAGAGACGUAUGAUUCUCCAGCUAGUCACAGUAGUAAAACUGGCAAAGUCAAUGGCAUGAAGGAUGCUAGGCCAAGCAGCCCCGCUGACGUGGCUUCAAACGGUUCCCAUGGUUACCCCAGUGACACUGUCUCUUUGGCUUCUUCCAUAGCCACUCAGCCGGAACUCAUAACUGUUCACAUAGUGAAAGGGCCAAUGGGCUUUGGUUUUACCAUCGCAGACAGUCCUGGUGGUGGUGGCCAAAGAGUGAAACAGAUUGUUGACAGUCCAAGGUGCCGAGGCCUGAAAGAAGGGGAUCUGAUAGUGGAAGUUAAUAAGAAGAAUGUGCAGGCACUGACUCACAACCAAGUCGUGGAUAUGCUGAUUGAAUGUCCAAAGGGAAGUGAGGUCACAUUGUUGGUGCAACGAGGAGGGCUUCCAGUUCCCAAGAAGAGCCCAAAGUCGCAACCACUGGAAAGAAAAGACAGCCAGAACAGUUCUCAGCACAGCGUUUCCAGCCACCGAAGCCUGCACACAGCCUCCCCAAGCCACAACACACAGGUGCUCCCCGAGUACCCACCUGCAGAGGCCCCUGCUCCAGAUCAGACCGACAGCUCUGGGCAGAAAAAACCAGAUCCUUUUAAAAUCUGGGCCCAGUCCAGGAGCAUGUAUGAAAACCGACCUAUGUCACCUUCGCCUGCAUCGGGAUUGAGCAAGGGUGAAAGAGAGAGAGAAAUCAAUUCCUCGAAUUUUGGAGAAUGUCAGAUUCCAGAUUACCAAGAACAGGAUAUCUUCCUCUGGAGAAAAGAAACUGGAUUUGGAUUUAGGAUUCUAGGUGGAAAUGAGCCAGGGGAACCUAUUUAUAUCGGUCACAUUGUACCAUUGGGUGCUGCUGAUACGGAUGGCCGCCUGAGAUCUGGGGAUGAAUUAAUCUGUGUGGAUGGGACACCAGUAAUUGGAAAAUCACACCAGCUUGUGGUCCAGCUUAUGCAACAAGCCGCCAAGCAAGGCCACGUCAAUCUCACAGUGCGGCGUAAAGUGGUGUUUGCCGUCCCCAAAACAGACAACGAGAUGCCCUCGCCAGCCUCGUCUCAUCACAGUAGCAACCAGCCAGCUUCGCUGACCGAGGAGAAGCGCACCCCGCAGGGCAGCCAGAACUCCUUAAACACCGUGAGCUCUGGCAGUGGCAGCACCAGUGGCAUCGGCAGCGGUGGGGGCGGGGGCAGUGGCGUGGUGAGCACCGUGGUGCAACCCUACGACGUGGAGAUCCGGCGCGGGGAGAAUGAAGGUUUUGGCUUCGUCAUUGUGUCCUCAGUAAGCCGGCCCGAAGCAGGCACCACUUUCGCAGGCAAUGCAUGUGUGGCUAUGCCUCACAAAAUAGGUCGGAUUAUUGAGGGGAGCCCUGCUGACCGAUGUGGCAAGCUGAAAGUAGGAGACCGGAUCUUGGCAGUAAAUGGAUGUUCCAUCACCAACAAGUCCCAUUCAGACAUUGUCAACCUAAUCAAGGAAGCAGGAAACACAGUUACCCUCCGCAUCAUUCCCGGGGAUGAGUCUUCAAAUGCCACUCUGCUGACCAAUGCGGAGAAGAUCGCCACCAUCACCACCACGCACACGCCCUCUCAGCCAGGGGCCCAGGAGACCAGGAAUACCACCAAGCCAAAGCCGGAAUCUCAGUUUGAGUUCAAAGCACCCCAGGCAACACAGGAACAAGAUUUUUACACUGUGGAACUGGAAAGAGGAGCCAAGGGAUUUGGCUUUAGUCUUAGAGGGGGCCGAGAGUAUAACAUGGACCUCUAUGUUCUGCGCUUAGCAGAGGAUGGUCCUGCAGAAAGGUGUGGAAAGAUGAGGAUUGGCGAUGAAAUUUUAGAGAUCAAUGGUGAGACCACCAAAAACAUGAAGCAUUCUCGGGCUAUAGAACUGAUUAAGAAUGGUGGCCGCAGAGUACGUCUGUUUCUGAAGCGGGGAGACGGCUCAGUACCAGAAUAUGACCCCAGCAGCGACCGGAACGGCCCCCCCACCGGUCCACAAGGUGUUCCGGAAAUGAGGGCAGGGCCUCCCGACCGCCGCCAGCAUCCGUCCCUGGAGUCCAGUUACCCACCCGAUCUUCACAAAUCAUCACCACACGGGGAAAAGCGGGCACACGUGAAAGAUCCAAAAGGCAGCAGAGAGCAUAGCAGACAAGCCAAUGAACAUCACACAUGGAAUGGAACUUCUAGAAAACCCGACACUGGGGCAUGCCGACCCAAGGACCGGGCGCCCGAAGGACGAAGAGACGCACAGCCUGAGCGCAUGGCUACCAAUGGCCCCAAGAGGAGAUCUCCAGAGAAGCGCAGGGAAGGCACUCGCAGUGCUGACAACACUUUGGAAAGAAGGGAGAAGCACGAGAAGAGAAGAGAGGUUUCUCCCGAGAGGAGGCGAGAGCGAUCCCCCACCCGCAGAAGAGAGGGGUCACCCCCGCGCAGAAGAGACGGCUCGCCCAGCCGGCGGAGGAGGUCUCUGGAAAGACUGUUGGAUCAGAGGAGGUCUCCAGAGCGGCGGCGAGGGAGCUCUCCCGAGAGGCGAGCCAAAUCCACCGACCGCAGGCGAGCACGGUCCCCCGAGCGGAGGCGAGAGCGGUCCCUUGAGAAGAGGAAUCGCGAGGACAAAGGCAGUCACCGGGAAAGGGACGAGCCCAGUCUGAAACAGGACGCAGGCAGAAGCUCCAGACACGCCCCUGAGCAGAGAAGGCGACCUUACAAAGAAUGUAGCACCGACCUCAGUAUCUGAGACUGAAUCACAUUCCAACCUUUACCGUGUCAAAGGUUCUUAGAGGAAAGUCACAAACCUGAAAUAAUUUCGUUUCUUACCUAAUGAAGCAUCUGACACCUGGUGAUCCUAUGAAUAGCAACAAACGUUUAUGCAUUUGGAAUCUUAUAAGAAAAAAAUAUAUAUGAAAAGUGUUGUGCCUGAUGUAUAUUAAAAUAUUUUUAAAUGCAUACUUUUUUGGAAGUUAUUUGCCAAAUGAUGCCCCAAAGGGAUAUACAUUUUGUUUCUACAUAAGCUGUAGAAUUGUCAAGAAUUGUUGUUCCCUCUUUUGGACAAUCUUUUUCUCUCCUGGUUAAAUGAGGCCGUUGACCAUUUUCUCUACGGAAGGGAAAUUAUUAAGCUGAAUUCAUUUGCUAUAGACUGUUAUGGAGUGAUGUAGAGCUAUACGAUCGUUAGGAAUUUUUCUUAACAAAGAGCAAAAGGUGAAAGCUAUAUUUCUAAAAACUUAGGACUUGUGGGGUGGGCUAGGAUUGCAGAUAAUCCUAAAAUUAAGGAAACUAUGAAGAGACUACUAUUGGGAAUGAAGGAUAUUUAUAGCUAAGCUACACAGCACAAAGAAAUAUUAUGUUCUCGAGUUAUUGAUUCAGAAAAUAAUAUGUACUCUCCCUGGCUUUAGAAAGACACAGAAAAUAAGUUGGCCACUAUUACCGGCAUGCAGCUCCAGCACGGGUAGCCAGGUUCAUUAAUAAGAUCUCCUUAAGGCAGCACCAUCACAGCUUUGCUUGACUACUAGAAGGAUUGGACAAACACUUUCUGUGUUGUCUGAUUUGUGCCUGGAUAGUAGAUGGAAUGGGGACAUAUAUCCUGUGGGAGGGAGCCAUAAGAUACCCCAAUCCUGACUGUAUACCUCCCCCUUUUAGCAUAAGCCUGUGGUUGUCCUUUACCAAAUGGGGGAAGGAGAACAAGUGAUGGUGGAAGGAACCUCUCUGUUGAUAUUUUUGAAAGUGAGGAUUGGGAGUAUUCUCUCUUAGAAAUGCAGAUGUCCCUUGGAAGCCCUCCUGCAAGUCCCCAGGAUGACUGAAGGGGUGAGAAAGAUGCACUCCCAGUGGUUCUGGUCCUACUUGGCAAACCUCCGCCCGCAUGACCCUGUCCUUUCAGUCUUUGGACAGCAGAAUAAAACAGUAAUUUUUCUUUCAAAAAGACCCAUUCUUUGCCAUCAUCGCGCAAGAGGUGCGGUGUGUCGGCCAUAGCCCUAAGGAUGGUGGAAAUGGAUUACUGCCUAGCUGAGCCAAAUGUUUGCUUGUACCUGUUGGACCACUACAGCAAACUGCUGCUUACAGUGCAUUGUGUAUUUCCGUAGUACUGUUUUGCAUUUUCCAUACAUACACAAACCUUUACAAGUCAAUCACUGUUGUUAUAGGGUACUGUUUAAAAAAAGUAAAAGGAAAAAAAAUGGAGAAAACCAGCCAAUUAUUGUGUGUACAGAGUUUAAAAUUGUAAUUAAUAGAGCCUGUUUAAAAAAAAACAACUGUUGCCUUUUUCUUGUAUAAAAGAGAAUUUAUGACAAAAAAUUUAGCUGUGAGGAAUGUGAUAUGUGUUUAUAUUUCUGAAUAUGGAACAAAUUGAUUCAUCGGGAUAUAUUUUAAUGUAAACUAAAUCAGGUAUGUAAAGCUGUUUUAAAAGGGGAAACUAUAUAAGUAAUUCUCUAAAGCUUUAGUUGGGUUGAAUAUCAUUUCCUCCAUGGUGAGCCUGCUCUUGUGAAUUAUUAAGCACUUGUUUGCUUUCUUUGUUCUUCACUCAUUUCUUGCAGUUUGCUAUGGACUUAAUGCUCUCUCUAUAUUGAUGAAAAGCAGUAUGUGGGCCAAUCUUUUUAUAAAACACUAUGCAUAUAUAAAUAUUACAUUGUUCAUAGCUUUAUUUGAUUUAUGGGUUUAUAUAUGACAUUAGAAUGAGUAGCUGUAGUCGUGUGGACACUCAAGAAACAAGUUCCUUUCCUGGAACAGACACAACGUACAUUGGGGGGAAAUCUGUGACUGCUAUUUUUGUUAUCCAAGUUUUCCAUACACGGCAUACAUUGAACUGUAGUAUGACGACUGAGAGAGAAUACAAUCGAAUAAUGAUGCUCUUUUUCAUUAAUUUCCUCGAGCCAACUUGGGAUUUUAUUCCUAACGUUCCAGGCUAGGACUUUUCUUACAAUUUCUAGCAGAAUCUGUGAUGUUAAAUGAUUGAUGCUCUCAAUUGUGAUCCAGAGUUUUAAAUAAAUCAAGGUGGAUUUUUGGAGUACAUCCUGAAGUUAACAUCUUGAUGUCUUUCUUGUUGUCAGAGAUGAUAUCUGACAUUUUUAAAUCUAUGUGCUAACCACCUGGGCUUGUCCAGUUUGUGACGAUUUUGAGUGUGGCAGUUUAAUAUGAGUUUCACACAUACAAUUUGCUUUGGAAAUGUUGUACUGUAAAGGGACUAUGCAUUAAGCAGAAAGAUAUCGUUUUCUCUAAACUACUGUAAUCUUACAUUGGAGACUGAUUCUCGUGAGCCAACUUUCCCUAGUCCCCAACUUCAUGUAAAUGUCUUGAUGAGAGAUGAUGGAUGAGUAUUUUGUAUGAUUAAAUCAAACCCUUUAGGAAUCCCCAUCCCACCCAAUACAAGGUUGAUACCUGAAAGAAUGUUGAGUGAAAAACUCAGCACCCUACUUGUAUUUUUUUUAAGUUUCUUUUGUGAAAGAUUUUUUAAUGCAUUUUUACUGUAAAAAUACAUGGAAAUGUAUGCAUUCCAUAACCACUAUCGCUUCUGGAUUGAUAUCUUUCUUGUCUCUGUGUUGUUUCAAAUGUAUCAGGGUCAAGUAAUCAAGAGUAUCUGACUCCAAGCAGAUAAAAAUACCUAACCAUUCUGUUGAAGAAGAAAGAAUGUGGCUUUGCUGUAGUAUAGUGCCUUGUAGAUUUGGUCGCUGGACCAACUGCCUCAUCAUCACUGGGGGAGUGUGUUAGAAAUGCAGAAUCUAAUACCCCACAUAAUCUACUGACUUACAAUAUACAUUUAAAAAGAUCCCGCUAAUUUGCAUGUGAAAGUUUGCACAACGCGGUAUUACAUGGAAACUCUGCUAAAGCAAAACCUAUAAAGGCAAAAGCUUCAUCUACCCCUAGCUGUGUGACCUUGAACAAGCUACUUAACUACCUUUAAGCCUCAGUUUCCUCAUCUUUAAAGGGGCAUACCCUCACAGAGCCAGUUAGAAUAAAUGCAAAGCACUUAGCAAACA